AUGGUUGCCCUUGAGGCGAUACGGGACGAUUUAGGUUACCUCCGGGCAGUACAGGGCGACGUCGCAGUGUUGAGGAUGGCAUUGACUGCGCCUGGGCAGCCACUUGCCGAGACACUGCGGACACUUCAAGAGUUGAGGACUGACCUUCUGGCGCUGGCCGAAGAUGCUCACGAGAUUCGCGAAGUUGUCACGGGAUUGAAGACGGAUAGACAGGAGCCAGCCCUUCCUGUCCUUCUCGAGAUCUUGGCUGAACUCCGGAAAUCGAAAGGCGACCCGCAGAUCCAGAGGGGGCUUCAGGCCUUCUCCUUCCAAGUUUUCUUGGAUGCUCAAACCAAAGCCCUGGCCAGAGAACGGAUACAGGCAACUCCCAAUCCAUUCCUUGACUUGGAUUGA